GUGUGUUGUCAGGGAGAAAGCAGACAGCCAGUCAGUAAAGGCUGAAAUAAACAGCGACUAUUACCAGACACAGCCAGACACAGGGACUAGACACAGACAAAAAAGCACACAGAAAAGCCUGCUCAUAAUGGCACUCUCAGUCAAAACCGCCGGUGUCUGCCAUGUCUGUCGUGGUGACGUUUUAAACGGUUAAAGGCGCACAAAAUACGAAGAAGCGUCACUGUUCUGACAAGAGGUUGUUUUGGGGACAGCUUUACUGAAUGAAUUUGACUGAAUGAGAGUAAUCUUCAAGCUGAUCCUAAUGCCUGACCUCAUCUGAAAUUCUAAGACAGAUCCCAGCAUACUGUUUUGUUUUUUUUUUCAAACUUAACUUUCUUAUUUCCUUACUGGAUUAGAUGGGAAGGGCGACAGAGACUCUCGGGAGCUGAAGUCUAUGAACAGCAUGAGUGUCAGUGAGCAGUGCUGGACUGAUGAGGAUUCAGAUGGAGACAGUGACUGUGAGGAGUUGUUCUACGGAGCACAGGGACAUUAUGUUGCUGACCUGUAUUGCCACCCUCAGUUGGACACAGACGUUGGAGCUGUGAAAGACAUCUACUCUGACAGUGCUGUUUCUGUAAGGGAAUAUGAGACAAUUGAUGAUGUUGACAUUGACCUACACAUCAACAUCAGCUUUCUGGAUGAGGAGAUAGCCUCAGCAUGGAAAGUCAACAGAACAGAACCUAUUGUUUUACGACUUCGCUUUUCAUUAUCUCAAUACCUAGAUGGACCAGAGCCAACAGUGGACGUGUUCCAGCCUUCCUGUAAAGAUGGCUUUAAUCUUGGUGUACAGCUCAAGAGAAUUCUUUCCUCAUUCAUAUCUAAUCAAUGGAAGCACCUCAGCAAUGAAUUUCUGAGAGCUCAGCAGAAGAAGAGACACAGCUGGUUCAAGGCUGGAGGAACAAUCAAAAAGUUCCGCGCUGGUCUCAGCAUCUUCACGCCAAUAGCCAAGUGCCCAAAUGUUCCUCUGAUCCAGGGCCCUGGGGAGAAGGGCAGGGCUUCCGGGCCGGAGCCAAGAGUGACUCGGCUGAUGAACCGCUCUGUCUCCUGCACAAUGAAGGUGCCCAAAGGAGAGUUACUCACUUAUGCACCCAACGGACAGAGUGUGGUGGUCCCUGGCUCCAGGUCCACAGUGCAGAUCACCACCAAGCAGCUCAUUGAGCUCUUCUUCUCUUCACAAGCUCUUCUCCACUGCAAGAGUAUACCUACUCUAGAAUAUGGCUUUCUUGUACAGAUCAUGAAAUACUCAGAGCAGAGAAUUCCCACUCUGAAUGAGUACUGUGUAGUCUGUGAUGAGCAGCACGUCUUUCAGAACGGCUCCAUGCUCAAGCCUGCAGUGUGCACAAGAGAGCUGUGUGUGUUCUCUUUCUACACACUAGGAGUUAUGUCAGGAGCUGUUGAGGAUGUGGCAACAGGAGCAGAGGUAGUUGACUUGCUGGUGGCAAUGUGCAGAGCUGCCCUGGAGUCUUCCCGUAAAAGCAUUAUCUUUGAUCCUUAUCCAUCUGUGGUUGACCCAUUUGACCCCAAAGCUUUGGCAUUUAACCCUAAGAAAAGAAGCUAUGAUAGGCUGCAGAAAGCACUGGACAGCAUCAUGUCUAUACGAGAAAUAACACAAGGCUCAUAUGUAGAAAUAAAGAAACAGAUGGACAAAUUAGAUCCACUUGCACAUCCUCUUUUACAGUGGAUUAUAUCCAGCAAUAGAUCACAUAUUGUCAAGCUACCCGUAAGCAGGCAACUCAAGUUCAUGCACACUACCCACCAGUUCUUGUUGCUCAGUAGCCCUCCUGCCAAAGAGGCUCGAUUCCGCACAGCUAGGAAACUAUAUGGCAGCACUUUUGCCUUUCAUGGUUCCCAUAUAGAAAACUGGCACUCUAUUCUACGAAAUGGACUAGUUAAUGCCUCUUACACUAAGCUGCAGCUGCAUGGGGCAGCCUAUGGGAAGGGCAUCUACCUCAGCCCCAUCUCAAGUAUCUCUUUUGGAUACUCAGGAAUGGGGAAAGGACAGCACCAUAUGCCCACAAAAGAGGAGCUAGUGCAGCACUACAACAGAGUUAACACCAUAUCACAGACUCACCCAGUGGAGUCAAGGUUUCUUCAGAGUCGGAAUCUAAACUGUGUGGCUCUUUGUGAGGUAAUAACAUCCAAAGACCUCCAGAAACAUGGAAAUAUAUGGGUGUGCCCCGUGCCUGACCAUGUCUGCACACGCUUCUUUUUUGUGUAUGAGGAUGGUCAGGUGGGAGAUGCCAACAUUAACACACAGGAGCCCCGAAUUCAGAGAGAGAUUUUGCGAGUGAUUGUGACCCAGUCAAGUUGAAAGUGAUGCUCUGACACUGUGAAAGAUUCAGAUCUGAGCAAAGAGGAAAAUUAUCCCAAGGUUACUUGUCAUCUUGAUGUUAUUGUGGCCAAAUUACAAGGAGGAUAUGACAGAGCAAUCAAUUUUGAGAGGUUCUUAUUUAAUGCGGGGAAAGUUGUUGUGUUUUUCUUUAUAUUUUCUGUGCUUUACAUAUGUCCUCUGUUUUGGUAUAAAUCGAUGAAUCAAUGGUGCAGAGGCAGUUAUAAGUCCCUCCCUUACAUCCACUGGGGGGCUCUGUUGCCAAGCAAAAGCACGAAUAAUUCCAUUGCACAAGUCAGCUUUAUUCUCUUUGCCCAUGGUUCUGAUAAACCAGACCUAAGAUGUCAGUUGAAUUUGACAAAGAAGGUGCUACAAAAGACAUCAGCAUGAAAAGGGUGCUGAAGUUUGUAUUUCUAGGGGAGGCCUGCUAACCACACUACAGUUAUUAUUUAUAAUAACGAUCAAAAGGCUCAUAAAUAUUUUCCAGUAUUAUUUGGGUAACUCUGUGAAGUAUUCUUUCUAAAUUGAUAACGUGCCGUAUGUUUUCUGAUUACUUCAUUCUAAUAAUUUAAUCUCAGCAGAAUGCUUUGGUAUCCCUUUUUCUUCUUACUUUCUUCUUUUUAAUUUUGUCACUGCCCUUUGUAACAAGCUUUUCUAUUUUUGAAGCCAGUUUAAGUGAAGCAGAUGAUUCGAGUCGCAUUCUUGAAGGGAUGAUGUUCUGGAGAUGGUCUGUGUUUUUAGUGAUGAAGAAGAAGUACUAGAUAGCAGACUAUGGUAAUCACUGAAACCUGCUGCACACUUCAUCAUUAUUGUUCAGAAGCUGAAACUUAUGCAAUAUCUGUAGCAUCAAACACCAACAACUCAAAACCUUAGUCUGGACUGUGCAGCAAAGAGACUUGCAGUGUAUGUGUUAUCUUAACAUUCUCUCGGUGGAUAUGGACAUACAGUAGAUGUGAAAUUAUAAUUAAUCAUGUGCUUUACCUCUGAGGUGGGGCUAUGUUGGUUGGAUAUGGCCCACAUUUGUAUGAAGACACUUUUUUUCAAUAAAAUAACAGCAUGAUACUGAAAAUGACAUCUCA